AACACUACACUAGUCGGUCAUUCUUUCUAAUUUAAAAGCUGAAAACAAGAAAACACGAUCCACCUCGAACCUCUCUCCACACACAUCCCCCCUUACCUGCCUCCCUCCUCCCAAUUCCUCCACUGUCACCAACACCACCUCUGUCUCUCUCUCCCUCCCUUUCGUUUCUCCAGAUGCUUAAAUCAAUUGGUGGAGGCAGGCAGGAGAGAGCUUUUUCGAAGAAACCCAUCUCUGUGUAUGCGUUUAUGUGGGUCUCUCGGUUUUCUGUCUCUGUCUCUCUCUUUGAAAACCACCGCUACCACUCUUACUAACUUUCCUUUCUGUUGUUGUAUUCUCUUUGUUGUUCAAACCUUGAUAUUUCUGCCAGAAAAGAAUCAGCUCAGAACUGAAGAACCCAGAUACGAGAAAUAGUGAAUUGGGAGUGGGAAGAGCCAGAUUUGAAGGGGGUAAUAUGAGGGAAGAGGACUCUAAUUGGUUCUCAAGAUGGGAAGAAGAGCUCCCAUCGCCUGAAGAGCUGAUGCCCCUCUCCCAAACCCUAAUUACCCCUGAUCUUGCUUUGGCUUUUGACAUACGAAAUCCCAACAACAGCAAUAAUAAUAUUUCCCCUAUCCAACAGCAUGCCUCCCAACCCCAGCCCCAACCUCCUCCUUCGAAUCCUUUGCCCGCUUCAGCCACCACUCCUCCCCACCCAAACUCCGCGGAAUUCGCCGCCGAUUCUGCCGAGUUGGGUUCCGGGGCCGGUGGGGAGGAGCGCCGUACUCUCAAGCGGCCGCGCCUCGUGUGGACGCCACAGCUACACAAGCGUUUUGUGGACGCUGUGGCUCACUUGGGGAUCAAGAAUGCUGUCCCCAAGACCAUAAUGCAACUGAUGAGUGUGGAUGGGCUCACUAGGGAGAACGUCGCCAGCCAUUUGCAGAAGUAUCGCCUUUAUCUCAAGCGAAUGCAGGGACUUGGCGGUAGCGGCGGUGCCGGUGGAGGUGGUGGCGCCGGUGGAUUGACAGCCAGUGUCGAUCCUGCUACUGACCAUUUGUUCGCGAGCUCCCCGGUGCCGCCGCAUUUUCUGCAUCCAGGUCGCUCCAAUUCGGAACAUUUCUUGCCGUUUGUGCAGGUGCCGGUGACUGCAAUGCAGCACCACCAUCACCAGCAGCAGCAGAUUGCGGCGGUCGCAGCCCACCCGCAGCUACAGCCGCAGUAUCACAGGCAGGUAGGGCAUUUCGGGUCGCCACCGAAUGGGCAAUUUGAGCAUCCAUUUCUGAGUAGGCAGUCACAGUCGGUGCAUAGGAUGGCACCAGUGCACAAUCCAGUACCGGGGUAUGUGGAGGACUUGGAAUCGGCUAAUGGAACAGGAGGAAGGAAGGUUCUCACUCUAUUUCCAACUGGGGAUGAUUGAGUUUUGGUAAUUGUUAAUGCCUCCUUUAACGUCUUAGUUUUCGUUUCAUUCGGUUUCUGGGUCUUUGUGAUACUGGUAUCUGGCGGUAUUUGUUAGAUUUUUGUUUUGCUUAGACUCUUUGUUUUUAUUGUCGUGUUAGUUUGCCUUAGUUAUCCUGGCCAUAGUAAGUGGUGUUGGGCUUCCAUUGAAAUGGGCAUAUUUCUGGGUCUAACAAGUUGGGUCAAUUAAGCUUCUGUUGCCAAUUGGAUGUCUUUCACCAUGCUUUAUGAGGUUAGAAUUGGUGGGUAGUGUCCCUCACCACGUCCUUUAGUUCUGUGGACUUCUACCUGUAUAAUUACAUUGUUUUUAGCGAUCUGUGUCUUCUGUGAGCUUCUGGUGACGGAUAUUGAUCAUGAUGUCACUCCGGGCAGCAAUUAUGUUUCUAAGCUCCUCAACAACUACUCUAGUGUUUUGAGAAGGAGUCAAUCUGGAUGUCUUAGAAGUUUAUUUAUCCAUGGUAGUCUGGGAAUCGGCUGGUUUUCCAAACCUCAGUCUUCUCACUGGUGAAAGGUACUCAUUGGCAUUAAAAGUGUGCAUGGCCGAAGCAUCAAGUUUAUGAACCAUUGGGAUGAGAGGUGAGGAUAAAUAAUGCUGGGAAAUACCAUUAUGUUUCUCUAGAAAUCUAAAAAUGUGGCCAGUACCAUAGUUGGCAUGUCGGGUGCUGAAUUUCUCAGCAAUAUCCUGGAAUCUCGCAUGUGUAAGACCUCGUGUUUAUUAGUCUGAUUUUAUUUAGAGCUGA